AUGGAAUUCAUUCUCCUGGGACUCACAGAUGAUCCAAUGCUAGAGAAAGUCCUGUUUGUGGUGUUUCUGGUGAUCUACCUAAUCAUGCUGGCAGGGAAUCUGUGCAUGAUUGUGCUGAUCAAGAUUAAUUCCCACCUCCAAACUCCCAUGUAUUUCUUCCUUAGCCACCUCUUCUUUGUAGACAUUUGUUAUUCCUCCAACAUUACUCCAAACAUGCUGUACAAUUUCCUCUCAGACCAGAAGACCAUCUCUUAUGCUGGAUGCUUCACGCAGUGUCUUCUCUUCAUUGCCUUGGUUAUCACUGAGUUUUAUAUCCUUGCUUCGAUGGCAUUGGAUCGCUAUGUAACCAUUUGCAGCCCUUUACAUUGCAGUACCAGAAUGUCCAAGAACAUUUGUGUGUGUCUAGUCACAGUCCCUUACACUUUUGGUUUCCUCAAUGGACUCUCUCAGACACUGCUGACUUUUCACUUAUCUUUCUGUGGCUCCCUUGAAAUCAAUCGUUUCUACUGUACUGACCCUUCUCUUUUAAUGUCGGCCUGCUCUGACACUUAUGUCAAAAAGAUGGCAAUGUUUAUAGUUGCUGGCUUUACUCUCUUAAGCUCCCUCUUCAUCAUUCGUCUGUCCUACGUUUUCAUCAUUGCAUCCAUCCUGAGAAUCCAUUCAGCUGAAGGCAGAAACAAAGACUUUUCUACUUGUGGUUCCCAUCUGACAACAGUCACCAUCUGA